AUGUAUUGGAAAUUUUUUUUAGUUUUAGUUUCCGUGAUUGGUGCUUUGGGUGACGAUCAAUUGCCUUCAGACUCCUACGGGGGUAAAAUAGUGGGUGGACUGGACACUGAUAUAUACUUCUAUCCUUACCAACUCUCACUUCAAUACUUGGGUCUUCACUCAUGCGGGGCAUCUCUCAUAUCACCUACUUGGGUGCUGACAGCGGCCCAUUGUGUUUUCGGGGUAUUUACACCUUUUAUAUCAAUCAGAGCUGGAGCAACAGCAAGGCAAACUGGAGGGGAAGUAAUACAAGUUAAGAAGAAAUACAUACAUAAACUAUACGAUACUUAUACUAUAGAUUAUGAUAUAGCCCUACUAGAACUAAAAGAGCCAGUGGAUCCUGAUUACGCAGAAGCCAUUCCACUUCCACCUGAAGGUUCCAACGUUAAAGGUGGAGAUACCGGCACCAUAGUUGGCUGGGGCUUUACCACGGAGAAUGGAACAGCCAGUAAAACUCUGAGGGUAACUGAAAUUCCUAUUUUGAAUCAAAGUGAUUGUAAAAGAGUCAUGGGUAAGUUUAUCACCGAUAGAAUGUUUUGUGCCGGCUUAGUGAAAGGAGGCAAAGAUGCUUGUCAAGGAGAUUCAGGCGGACCGAUGGUAGUCAAUGGUGUGCAAAUGGGAAUCAUUUCAUGGGGAAGUGGAUGUGGAGAAGCGAGAAGACCUGGGGUCUAUACUAAUGUAGCAGUUUUAAGAAGUUACAUCAAAGAAGUGUCGGGUAUAUGA